GAGGAAAACCAAACAGCUCCUGUGGCAUUCAUCCUCUUGGACUUUAAUAGUGAGGACUUACAGACAUUGUUUUCCAUACUUUUUCUUCCUAUAUACCUUGUGACAAUGGCUGGAAACAUUCUCAUUAUUAUUCUAGUAGUCCUCAAUCAGCAUCUUCACACACCCAUGUAUUUCUUCCUGGGAAACCUGUCAUGCCUGGAGACUUGCUACAGCUCAACCAUCAUGCCAAGGAUGCUGGUCAGUUUUCUGACUGGGGACAGAACCAUUUCUAUUAAUGGAUGCUUUGCCCAGCUGUAUUUCUUUGGUUAUCUCGCAACUACAGAAUGUUACUUUCUAGCAGUGAUGUCUUAUGAUCGUUACUUAGCCAUUUGCAAACCAUUGCAUUAUGUAAUGCUCAUGAAUGGAAGAAUUUGUAUCAUGCUUAUUGCUGGAUCAUGGAUCAGUGGAUCACUGUUUAUCAGUCUCAUAAUAUUUUUGGUAUCUCAGCUGCAAUUCUGUGGACCCAACAAAAUCAAUCAUUUCUUCUGCGAUUUGAUCCCAAUGAUAAGACUUUCAUGCAAUGAUACCAAUCUGGUUGAAACUACAGCCUUCAUAAUAUCCUUCAUAGGUACACUGGCACCCUUUAUCAUAACUGUGACAUCUUACAUUUUCAUCAUCAAGAGCAUUUUAAGAAUCCCAUCCACCACUGGUAAACAAAAGGCAUUCUCUACAUGCUCCUCUCACUUGACUGUGGUUGCUUGCUUCUAUGGCUCCCUGAUGAUAGUCUAUGUCUUACCAAAUAUCAGUUUACUGAGUGACUUGAAGAAACUCUUUUCUCUGUUCUACACUUUGCUCACCCCACUAGUCAAUCCCCUUGUGUACAGCUUGAGGAACAAAGAGGUAAAGGAAGCAAUUAAAAAAUCAUUCCAGAUAGAAGAAAAUGAGACUGAAUUGACUGAGUUUAUCCUCAUUGGCUUUUCUGGACGACCAAAGACAAAGAUGGGACUCAUUGUUUUCCUGAUUGUUGUAUAUGCUAUCACUGUAGUGGGAAAUUUUAUUAUAAUCUUGGUGACCACAACUGAUCCUCGGCUUCACAAUCCCAUGUAUUUUUUCCUCAGUAACCUGUCCUUCCUUGACAUUUGCUAUGCAUCUUCUUCAAUCCCACAAGCCAUUGCAAAUCUUCUGGUGGACAAACCCACCAUGUCCUUUGCCAUGUGUUACUUCCAAAUGAGUAGUGGUUCCUACUUAGCAGUGACUGAAUGCUUCCUGUUGGCUGUCAUGGCUUAUGACAGACUUAUAGCCAUUUCCAGCCCACUGCAUUACAUGUUAAUCAUGAACAAGAGACUGUGCAUUCAGUUAGCAGCUGGGACAUGGUCAAUUGGCUUAUUUUUAGGGGCUAUUCCCAUUUAUGCCAUUCCAGCUCGCUUUUGUGGGAAAAAUUUGGUGAAUCAUUUCACAUGUGAAGUCAAAGCAGUUAUGAAGCUGGUUUGCUCAGAUACUUCCUUGAGCCACCUGGUUAUGUUCUUCACUGGGAGUGUCACUUUGCUUGGUCCCUUUAGCUUUAUCCUUUUCUCGUAUUUGCGCAUAAUUGUGGCAAUUCUAAGAAUCCACUCAGCAGGGGGCAGGAUGAAGGCUUUCUCCACAUGUGCUUCCCACUUGACUGUAGUAUCCAUAUUCUAUGGCACCUUCAUGUUCUCAUAUCUCCGCCCCCAAACUAAGACCACAAAAGAUGUAGACAAGAUAAUUUCUCUCUUCUAUGGAAGUGUGACUCCCAUGUUAAACCCAUUAAUCUACACUCUCAGAAAUCAGGAAGUUAUAGGGGCCUUGAGAAGACUUGUGGGAAAGAAAGUAGAUUCAUGA